UCCAGAGCAGGUCCUGGUCAGUAGUCACUGCUGUGGUGUCUGAAGCCUCUUCUUCUCUCUGGUAUCAGCCAUUAGCAGAGCCCUGUGGCCCCCAGGAUACAUUCCCACCGACCCCGGGCCAGGGACUGAUGAGAACACUCAGCGUGUGGACCGGUAGAAGGAUUUCCAGCCUCUCCUCAUAAAGGCGCCUGCAGUACUAGAAGCCUCCAGCUCUUCCAGUUCUCUCCUCUUCUCCUGAAUGACCACCAAUGAUGGACAGGAAGGAGAUCAGCAGAAGAUUAUUAGACUUCACCUUGGAGAUCAUCUCCCUGCUGAGCGGAGAGGAUUACACCAUAGUGAAUAAGACAUCGGAGGAGACUCCCAUCAUCCAUGAGUCAGGAGGGUGGACCCCCAUCACAGAACCUCCCCCCCUGAUACAUGAGCAGAAGAUCCUAGAACUCACCCACAAGAUGAUGGAGCUGCUGACUGGAGAGGUUCCUGUAAGGUGUCAUGAUGUGGCGGUGUAUUUCUCCAUGGAGGAGUGGGAGUACAUAGAAGGACACAAGGAUCUGUACAAGGAAGCCAUGAUGGAGGAUUCACGGCCUCUGACAUCACAAGAUGGAUCCAAGAGGAGAAAUUCCCCUGAGAGAUGUCCCCGUUGUCUGUAUUCAAAAGAGGAGCAGCUCCCAGAGAACCAUCAGAUGACAAAUAAGGGGAAAGAUGCGCCUAUUAUUAAAGUGGAGGAUGAAGAAGAGCGGAUGAUGGGCGAUCCCCCGUGUAACAGUUGGGUUGACGAGGACAUUCCAGUCCAUGUGACCACAGGAAGUUCCAGUAACAACUCUGAGGGAACCAUUGUGUUAUCGCGAGUACAAAAUGAAGCCAUCAUGCAGCCCUCAGGAGAAAACCUCAUUACCCUGGUUUUUUAUCCAGGACUUCUCGUUAGAGAUCAACCACCGAAUCCCCCUAAUCGUGAGCGGCCUUCUCCUAACCAAUCCCAGAUUAUUACCAGAAAUCCAGGUCUGUUAUGUAAUCCCUCUAAUCAUGAUGGCUCAAACACAGGUCCAGAUUCAUCAUGUAAUCCCCCAGAUCAUGAGGAACCUUCUCCUGACCAAUCCCAGAUUGCUACCACAAGUACUGCAAAAUCAGGUCGUGUUAAGAAAAAUGACUCUGGAGGAAAUCCGCAUACAUGUUCAAUAUGUGGGAGAUCCUUUACAUGUAAAUCACGACUUCUUACCCAUCAGAAAGUUCACACAGGAGAAAAGCCAUAUUCAUGUUCAUUCUGUGCGAAAUGUUUUACGUGUAAAUCAGGGCUUGUUAUACAUGAGAGAAUUCACAAAGGGGAGAAGCCAUUUUCAUGUCCAGAAUGUGGUAAAUGUUUCACAAACAAAUCAGAUUGUACUAAGCACCAGAAACGUCACACAGGAGAGAAACCAUACCCAUGUUCAGAAUGUGGCAAAUGUUUUAUUAGUAAAGGCAAGCUUAGGGAACAUCAGAGAAUUCACACAGGAGUGAGGCCAUAUUCAUGUUCAGUAUGCGGGAAACGUUUUAUGGAGAAAUCUCUCCUUGUUAAACAUGAUAGAACUCACACAAGUGAUAAACCAUUUUCAUGUUCUACUUGUGGCAGAUCCUUUCCAUGUAACGUAAGUCUUGUUAAACACCAGACAAUCCACAUGACGUGAAUCCAUUUUCAUGUUCUAAACAUGGAAAUAGUUGUACAAGAAAUCACAUUUUGACACUCGGAGAAUUCACACAGAGAAGAAACCGUGAUCUUCUUUGGAAUGUGGAAAAUGCCAGAGUAGAGAAAAAAGGUUUAACAGGUUAUUACAUGGGUUUUUCAUCUUUUAGAGAUUGAUGACUUAACCUCAGGGAUAGAUCAUCAAUAUCAGGUACCGCAUACAGCUAAUCGAAGGGAGUUCCGAGCCCCCAUUGAUCUGAUAUUGAUGACCUAUUCUGAGGAUAGGACAUCAAUAUCUAGAAGCUGGAAACCUCUUUUCAGACAAUAAAAGGGGUCUAUUUCUGGACAGAAAAGGCCUAGAUAUGCCAAACAUCCAAAUUUGGAUACACGAAGGAGAAGAAGAGCCAUGUUUACUGUCAGAGCAGUGAAAAUAAAUUGUCCCCAUGGACCUUGCUUCUUCUUACUGUAUUCAUACCUCCACCUACACUGCAGAAAACCCCAAAAAAUAUUUUUUCUUUAACAUAUGUGGACAUAUCAAUAUCCUGGGCCAAUUGUCAGUUUCAAGUCUACACUUGUAGAUGGUUUUCCAGACGGAGGAAUGAUUGAUAUCUUCCCAUUCCAGACUUAUAGGCCUUCAUAACCUUUCUAAGGGGCUCAGAACCCUCUAGAAGUAGACAUGAUGAUAUCAUGAUACCAGAAAAUGUCUAAGGUUUAGAUAAGACCCAGUCCUCCCAAAUUCUCUCUAAUGGAACCUUCACACACAGCGUUUUUGUUCUGAAAUGUCUUGGACUCUCUCGUGUACCUGAUUUGGGGCAUGCAGAAUACACAUGCAUGCUGCAUAUACAACCCCCAGAAGUAUGGAACAGAUGUUCUGAUCAGUUGUAUGCCCAGGAUUCUUAUUAUAGUGUCUUUUGGCUGGGUUUUGAUGUCGUUUUUGAAGUAAAAAGGCUGGACAUGUGUAAAGUAAAUACUGAAGCCUUGAUUUGUCAAGGCCGGUGCUACACUAGCCUUGAUAGGGCCUACGCUGGUGGAGGAGGCAGGCAAUUUAUAACAAGGCCUCAUCAUUAUUACCUGCCUUCUCCAGCUCACCAUGUGGCGGAGUGAAAUCUAUGGCAGCUCAGAGCUGCUGUAGAUUUCAGUCAUUAUUCACACCAGUUUCUGGCGUAAAAAAUGAUGAAUGAGUUGGUGCCCUCACCUCAACUCCUUUCGUAGACUUGGCACGGGUGGUCUAAAAUGGCAAUUGUGACUAGAAAAGUUCAAAACUGUCUUUAAAAAAAAUAUAUAUUUACCACUGACUUUGGUUUAAAAAAACUGCAUAAAAAUCCAGCCUUAAAGGAACUCCGAUUCAGAUCAGCCUUAUCAACUACAGUACUCCAUGAACAGCGGGAAAACAUCUCAUUCGGUUUUUUUCUGUUUGCAUGUCAAUUCUUGGCACCGUUUCUUUGCAGAAACUACGGCGGUGGCCACACGGUUAUCCUAUGGAAGUGCAAAAUGCAAACCAAGGCAGAAGUCCAAGGGACAAUGUCAGAUUUCUGCUGCAGGUUCUGCUACAAAAAUAUGCAGCAGAUUAUUCUGUCGUGUGACCGUGCCAGUGUAACAUUCCCUUCUGUUGGUUUUUGUUUUCAGUAAAUCAUUGUAGUUAAUGUUCUCCAUGAUCUUUAUAUAAGUUGUAUUGGUAAAAGUCUGUAAUCUGGAUCUGCAAUAAAGACAUGAUACAGAUGAAAA